AUAGAAUACUCCAGUUGGCAUUUGCACAUGUUAAUAUAAUUGUGAUAAAUUAUACAAUCUUGCUAAUAGUCUGUCUUUAAUAUUUUAAACAAUGUCUGAUUAACAAACUAUUCUAAUACAUUCAUGAGAACCAGGUUGGAUUUAUUAAAAUCUAAUAUUUUGGACUUGAUCUGACCUCAGAUAUAACACAACUUUCUUCAUUGUUUUUUAGAUCAGUCAUACAAUUGUUUCAAAGGCUCUGAGUGAUAAAAGGAAAUUCCCCUUUUUCCACCGGAUGAAUCCCAAAGAAGGAAUCCAGUACCCAGCAAUUGUCCCACUGCUCCUCCAUUUCAGAUGGACCCUGAUUGGCCUCUUUGCUUCAGACACAGAAAAUGGAGAGAAUUUCAUGAGGAUUUUUUCUCCUAUGCUUGUCAGGAGUGGAAUUUGUGUGGUUAUAUCACAACUGUUCUCAACAACUGGAUAUACAGCAUCCCUCAGGGAUUCCCUCUCUAAGUGGAGACAAGUCAACGUCUUUGUUCACUUCAUACAAUUUGACUCCAUUUGGGAGAGAAUCCUUCCUUUCCAUUUAACGUUUAUGCGUCUGCCAGGACCCAUUGAAGGGAAAGUCUGGAUCCUCACAAAUUUUAUAGGGUAUAAAAUAAACAAGCAUAGAAAGCGCAGACUUCUCAAAUACAUCCAUAGUAUUUUGAACUUUAGUCAUCUGGCAAAAGAAAGGCCAAUUGAUUCUGCCUUUGAACCCCAUUUCUUUGUGGAAGAAAAGUUUCAAGAUCCUUAUUUCCGCUGUUCUCUUUCAAAGAACGUCUUUUCUCUCAAAGGCCGCAGAAGAUGCACCCAGAAAGCCCCACUGGAGACCCAGGAGAAAAGGAACAGGAUCCGGGCCCCAAAUCACUAUCUAUGUUAUAGUAUCAUUCAGACUCUGGCCCAGGCCUUGAAUGCCGCUUAUUCCUCCAGAUCGAGGAGGAGAAGGAAGGAGGGAGAAAAGAGUUUGGGGUCUCCAAGGCUGCAGCCGUGGCAGUUUCAUCCCUUUCUGGAGAAGAAUGAAUUUUGGAAUAUUUCUGAUAGCAAACUGUACUUGGACCAAAAUGGAGAGAUAACAGCAGAUCUGGGCAUCAGAAUCUUCUUGGUUCUCCCCAAGGGGGAUGUCAAGGAAGAGUUUCUGGUGUAUUCUCAAAGACAGAGACUUUUUAUCAAAAAAGGUGCUCUUUCACGGCUAAAGUUGCUCAAUAAGUCCCUGCCUCAGUCCAAAUGUGUGGAAAGUUGCCAUCCUGGAUUUGUCAAGAGGGCUCGAGAAGGAGAGCCAGUUUGCUGCUAUGACUGCGUUCCUUGUCCGGAGGGGACCUUCUCCACUCAGGAAGAUACCGAAAAAUGCACCAAGUGCCCAGAUGAUAAAUAUCCAAAUGAGGACAGAGUCCAAUGUAUCCCCAAAAUUAUAAUCUUUCUGUCUUAUGAAGAACUUCUGGGCAUCAUCCUGGUCUCUUUUGCCCUACUCUUGUUCUUAAUCACAGGCCUUGUUUUAAUCAUCUUCAUUAAAUACCGAGAAACUCCCAUUGUCAAAGCCAACAACAGGGACCUCUCCUACAUCCUCCUGGUCUCCCUCCUGCUUUGCUUCUUGUCUCCUUCUCUCUUCAUUGGUCAACCAAGGAAAGCCACCUGCCUUCUCCGACAAACAGUUUUCAGCAUCAUCUUUUCAGUUGCCGUUUCUUCUCUCUUGGCCAAAACCAUCAUGGUGGUACUGGCCUUCCUGGCCACAAAACCAGGAAACCGAGUGAAGAGAUGGUUGGGGAAGAGCUUGGCCAACUCCAUCAUCCUUUCUUCUUUUGCUGUCCAAAUUAUCAUCUGCUCCACCUGGCUGGGAGUUUCUCCCCCCUUCCCUGACUCUGACCUCCACUCCCAGCCUGCAGAGAUCAUCCUGCAAUGCAACGAAGGGGCCGUUGUCAUGUUCUACGUCACCCUCAGCUACAUGGGCUUCCUGGCUGCCAUCUGCUUCACGGUGGCUUUCCUGGCCAGGAACCUGCCUGGGGCCUUCAACGAAGCCAAGCUGAUCACCUUCAGCAUGCUGGUCUUCUGCAGUGUCUGGGUGACUUUUGUGCCCACCUACCUGAGCACCAAAGGGAAAUACAUGGUGGCUGUGCAGGUCUUCUCCAUCCUGGCCUCCAGUGCUGGUCUGCUGGGCUGCAUCUUCAUCCCCAAGUGCUACAUUAUCCUUCUGAGGCCAGACCUCAACACAAAGGAUCAGCUCACAGGCAGAACAAAUGUAAAAAUAUGAGAUAUAACACCAUUAUGAUAGUGGAAUAAUUAUUAAAGUUUCUUUUAUUUGAAAGGAGAUAUGAAUUCUUUCCAUUUUGAUAGUAUGCAGGAAAAGAAAAUCAUUUCUAUAUGUUUCAAAUGAAUGACUGGAAUUCUUCUAGCUCUCUUCCCUUUCAGCAAAAUAAAGAGAACUCUGUAAGAGUCAUUCAGAGAAAUUUUCUGUUCAGCAACAACUAUUGAAUGUGACACCUUAUAAAAAAUAAUUUGGGCACUUGUUCCUACAGCUAAAAGUGUGCGUGAGAGAGAGUGAGCAGGAAAAGAGGUAAGGAGGAAGCUGCGGGAACAGCCUGAUUGCCUGAUCCUCUCCGUGAAAAUGCCGGAAUGAUGUGAAAUGCCAUGUUUGACUGGCUCUCAGCUGGGGAGGGAAAUCUUCAUCCCUCUUAUAUAAUUCUUUGUUGAUUUCCUCAUAAAAACCUCCUUUGCAGAAAGUGUUCAGCAGAAGAGCUUCUGGGAUUUCAGUUUGGGAUUGGUUUGGGGGUUUUUUUUGUAUGUGCUUCACACCAAAAUAAUAAAUAAAUAUUAAAGUGUUUUAA